AUGUCCAACCUGGAUCGCUACCCCACGUUCCAGUGCAAAGCUUACAAUGCAACUCAGCUGGCAAUGGGACGAGUCGUGGUUGCAUGGCUGGCCAACAAAGCUGUGCAGUGGCACCUGGCGAACUGGUUCAAUGUGACUGAGCGAUGCUCGCGAUACCUGCAACCCGAGGAUGCCAGCACGCUUGUCUGUGCAUGUGACUGCUCUUUGGAUGCCUACCUGCAGCUGGCAAAGCGAGCUGUGGAAGAGAAGAUCUGCCUCUUUCCAGUGAAGCCGAAGUUUCAUGGAUGGCAGGAGCUUGCAUUCUGGGCUGCGAAGCACCGCAUUAACCCGCGAACCUAUCACUGCUUCCGGCAGGAGGAUAUGGUUGGGUCUGUGGUGAGAAUUGCUCAGGCAUGCCACAAGAGAUCGGUGGAAGAAAUGACCUUGGCCCGUGUGUAUCUUCAGCUCUGCUACUCAAAGGGUAGCGGAAGCCACUGA